AUGUUCUACACACUGACUCUUUUAUCUCUUUUUUCCGUCAUUUCCUACUGCAAGACAUGCUUAGAAAUAACAGCAGAUUCUGAAGACAAGUAUAUUAAAGAAUUAUCAAAAGAUGUUGAAUUUGAUGACAAGUAAACGAUAUUUAGAUGCCUAAAAGAUCUCAUGGUCAAGCAAUGGUGGCAAGCAUCAAUCGAACUCUCUACUUUUGCCAUACAGAAAGACCAACAGAUAGACCCUUCCUUUAAAGCAGAGGCUUUAAAUACUAACUCCUCCUCCGUGAGCAAACAAAAAAAAUUUUGUUCGCUCAUGGAGGGUUUUAAUUUUUCUUUUUCGAAAUUUAAAAUCUCAACAAUUGGAAAACAUAUAUUUAUUUAUUUAUUUAUUUAUUUAUUUAUUUUUUAAAGUGCAAUCUGUUCAAAAUUAAACAGAAUUAGCUAGAGAUUUCAUUAUACUAAUUAUCCCUUAUAUAUCAAAAUUUUUUUCAUAAAAAAUUUCUAUUCGCUCACAGAGGUGGUUUUUUUGGCAAAAAUAAGGAAUUUUCCAAUGGCUUAGUUCGCUCACAGAGGGGGAGUAAGAAAAAGGUAGAAAAAUUGAUUUCAUUAAUAGAAAAUCAAGGGAAAAUCAAUACGGUUUCUCCAGCUUUCCAAUGGGCCCAAUCCCCAGACACUGUUUUUAUUGAAGUGAAAUUUUCCCACAGAUGGGAUUAUCCAGGCUGUCUUGAAGUCAGCGACCCAGAAGUCUCAAUCAAAGAAGACAGAAUCAUUACAUUACAUUACAUUAGAAUUUAUAUCGCUUAACGUCCACUACGGGGUUACAACUCCAGGUUUAUCACUCGCCUUUCGUCGCAUCGGGCCCACCAGUCUGCUGGAGACAAACUCGCUUCGAUCACCAGGGUGCUUCCAGGGCAAAUGUCCACGUCUUCGACGGCUCAUGGAUGAGCUACUUGCUUAUACAUGGGUUGCUUUUCCGAAAAACCCAAAAAAUGGAUUUUUUCUGGUCGGCUAUCGGCAAAAAGGAAAAAUGCAAAGCCUGGGACGUAACGCCCAGUUUCACGCUAGGGAGUUUGCCCGAAUGGUCCAGAGGGAUUUUGCUGGGCUUCCCCUUUCCAACCUUGCACCCUCCUUCCCCACGAGGAAAAAUCCACCCCUGAGAAUAGACUAGGGCUAGGCUCUGAAAGCUACCAGAAUUGCUUACCUAGCAUUGCUGUCCAUCUCUGAAAUGGUAAAACCUUGCCGGAUAUAAUUAAAAUAUGAGUCGAGGCUGCAUGGCCGGGAGGCCAUGCCCAGACGAAGACGCCAUAUUUUAAUUAUCCAAAGAAGACAGAAUCACCUUUACUGGAAUGUGCAGCAGAUCGAACCAAAGGAUAAAAAUUGCUUUGGAUCUAGAACUUUACAAUAAAAUUGUCCCAGAAGCCAGCACUUAUUCUAUGAAAUCUGGAGGCAGACUGAAUUUCACCUUGAAAAAAUACGAGGUCGAAGCAUGGGCUAAGCCAAAUAAAGGGAAAAAACUAAGCAAUGCUACUGUUUGGUGGGAAAUGAGAGACAAGUAUAGAAAAGAAAUGAAUGCACUAACUGGAGAAGAAGACGAUGAAGACUACAAAAAACCAAAGAAAACUGGGCUAGAAGAUUUAAUGGACAAUCCUAAUGUAGUUAUCAAGGACUCGUAUGUCGAUGGAAAGAAAAUUGAUAACACCAAAGAAAAGCAGGAUCUUUAA